AUGGCAACUACUCUUUGUGGCGUUAUGCCUUUUUCAGAAAGCGUGUUUCUUAGUGACGGUAACGAUACUGAUAUUUCCUUUGCUAAGGUUUUAAUAGCGUGCGAAAGCUUUUUAAACUUACAGACUCCUGUUCAACUGGAAGCUGCUUUUGACAUGAACGACAUGGGACGUGACGUUGUAAUACGUUGUAUAGAAUCCUUCUCGAAGCUUGAAUCUGUUAGCCUUAAAUUUUCCUAUCCCCCGCUGAACUCGAGGGAAGCAGAUCGUCUUCGUAAGUGGUUAUCUGUAAGCAAGAGUUUGUUAGAGUUUACUGUCAAAUUGCAAGGGGAUGACGAAAACGGUGUCGUGCCUGUUCUACUAUGCAAUGGGUUAGCCUCAUGCAAAACGCUAAGAAAAAUUAAGUUUUCAGUGUCUGGAUAUAUUAGCGAGGCUUAUAUCAAUGCUAUUGAAACUGGAUUGUCUCCUAACACUCCGCUGACGUAUGCGGUUACUCUCGAGAUUUACGGCCCAGUGAGUUUUUCUGCGAUCCAUGCGUUACACAAACUAUUAACGAACAAAUCUUUGAUAUCUCUUUCACUUCAAAUUUGUGGAGAUGUGACGGAUGUAUUAGCUGGUGCUGUCAGUGAAGCACUCGCAAGGCAGACAGUUCUAAAAUUUAUUGAUUUGUGCCUUGGUGGAAAGCUGAGUUCUGCUGGUGCCAGUUCACUGAAACAAGGACUGUUGAAAAACAGUUCUUUAAAUCAUAUCAAAGUGGUUGGCUAUGGUGAGCGUCCUGAUAACUGGCAGUCUGUUGUGGAAACCCUGUGUUCGACAGAGAAGUCCCCAGUUAGCUGUGCCUUUCAUCCAAACACCUUGGACAACAUAGGGCAUGAUGACGUUGGUCUUGUUUUAGCUGAAAAGGCAUUGGUUCCAAAGCAGCACCUGGCUGUAAACGUUUGGGGAAAACUGAGUUGUGAAGGGGCAGAUGCUCUAUGUGAAGUCUUGAUACGCUCUUCCCCUGCUUUUAAGCUUCUGACGUUAAACGUGCAUGGAAACGUGACUGAAGACGUCGCUAAUUCUGUUGCAAGAUGCCUGAAAGGUUGCAACAUACUAUUUUCAUUUUCCAUCAAUAUCUGGGGCAAUUUGACACCAGAGGGAGAAACAAUUCUUUCCGAACUUUCAAAGAGCAACCUUCGCGUUCAUUUCAAUGUACACCACGUGCAUUUAGCUUCAGAAGAAUCGAACCAGGUGCUUGAUAUCUCUAUCGAAAAUCCUGCGGCAUCGAGAGCGUUUUUUGCUAAAGUGAAAGAAACAAGAAAGGAAAAGGUUAGUCUUACAAUCAACAACAACAGUGGUGAAAUUAGGGAAUGGACACAUCAUCUAGCUGAUGCUUUGGCAGAAAACACAUCGCUUACUUCUAUUAAUCUUACAGUAAACAGCUGCUUGACGGAUGGUCUUGGGGAAUGUUUAUUGCAAAGUACUUCUAUAAAAUCUCUUAGUCUCACAAUCAACUCUAGUAUCAUACGUGGUUUGCUGUGUAAACUGGGUGCCUGCUUUGCCAAAAUGGCUUUUCUAACUACACUUAGCCUGGAAAUAAACGACUACAGCGACGAAAAAGAUUUUUUUAGUGGGAAUGAACUUAAAAACGUGUUGGUGUCAAUCAAAUCAUUAUCUACCCUUUCUGUUGCAGUCCAUGGUAGUAGCUUGGAUCCAUUCUGGAAUAGAGUUUUGGAUGACUGUUUGCAAGAGUGUACAUCACUAAAUAAUCUUAGCUGCGCGGGUGACAUGCCUUACUUUGGCGACGGUUUAGCUGUAACAACCUCAUUAAAGACACUCAAUAUCACAAUCAACGUCGAUUUUCAUCUAUGGGGUUAUGACUUAGAUCAUCUUACAGACUUCAGUAAAGGUUUGUUAUCAAACUGGUCAUUAACUACACUUACAGUAACUGUGUCGCUGACAUUAAUGGAUGCACUGGAAGUUGAUUCUCUGGGGGACAUGACUUUAAAAGAAGGGUUGUCGGAAAACAGGUCUAUAACUACAUUUAAUCUCACAAUAAAUGAAAUCGGCGAAGGCAUAUCGGAUAUAGACAAGAUUUUCAUAGCACUUCAAGUCUUUGAAGGUUUGGCGCAAAACACAUCAAUAACCACAUUCAACCUUACACUUAACAGUAGCAGAGAAGUGAGUGAUGACUGGUUACCAGACCUUUGCGACGCUGUGAACAAAAACUCUUCGUUGACAACUCUGAGAUUGAAAGUGAACUACCAUUGUGCUACUAGUGAAAGUCAGUUAUAUGACUUUAGUAAACUUUUGUCAGAAAGCAGAUCAUUAUCCAUUCUUGAACUCGAGGUUAGUUUUUAUGGAAAAGAGAACGAGGCUCAAAGGUUUUAUUCAGAAGCCGAAUGUAAUUAAGAUUCGUGGACUUCAAGCAGGAAAAAAAUGCAUGUUUCAAAAGAAAUGUGUUCACAAUGGAAAUGUGGCUUAAAUAAGAAGACAUGAGAACUUGUGCUAUACUGAGACGCUCUGUAACGUCGGGUUUUCUUUCAGGGAAUCUUGAAGAGAGAUUCAGUUCUAUUUCCCAGGCCUGCUUUUUCUUGCGUGUUUGCUAAACCAAUAGACGACCACCUGCUUUUUAACUUAAGCAAGGACGUUUUUGAGCGAUACACGUCAACCGGAAGUGGCCGAUCUGCAUUACUGGGCAACAAUUUUUCCCAGCUUUUCUGGCAGUUCGUCUCGGUAAGUGUAAAGAUACUUAGCGAGACAAUUUGA